UCACUCGUGCUUCGUCUCAGAUCAUUCUGCGCAGGUAAGACAGAGAGAAAGAACUGACCUCAGCGGCGGCGGCGGCGGCAACAGAAGAACAACCACCACCACACACAAUGGGUCGCGUGAGAACAAAAACGGUGAAGAAAUCCUCCCGCCAGGUGAUUGAGCGUUACUACUCGCGCAUGACCCUCGACUUCCACACAAACAAAAAGCUUCUCGAAGAAGUGGCCAUCAUCCCUUCCAAGAGGCUGCGGAACAAGAUCGCGGGUUUCUCCACGCAUCUCAUGAAGCGCAUCCAGAAGGGUCCCGUUCGCGGCAUCUCCCUCAAGCUCCAGGAGGAGGAGCGCGAGCGCCGCAUGGACUUCGUCCCCGACGUCUCCGCCAUCAACACCGACCACAUCGAAGUCGACAAAGAAACCCUUGACAUGCUUCAUUCCCUCGGAAUCAACGACAUCCCCGGCAUCACACAGGUUGACCCUGUUCCUGUUCAACAGGCCUUCCCCUUCACCAGGAGGUACUGAUGUUGAUGUUGUUCAUGGAGACUCUUUUGGCUUCAGAUGUAAGACUUUGUUUUAUUCUCUUCUCGUUUCGUGUUUUGGUGCUUUUUAUUUAUUUCGUAAGCCUUUAAUUUUUGUUGCUGCUGCUACUGCUGCUUUAAAUUAGACUGAGUAUGUUUUUCAAGUAAAAUUAGGGUUUUUGGAUUAUAUGAAAUGAUAUACUGUCCGAGUCUUUGAUAUAUUCUUUUUUGUUGCGAAUGUUGAGAUUUUUGGUUUCGUGUUUA